AUGCACUUUACUUCACUCGCCGUUGCCUUCCUUGCAUGUGCCCUCGUGGUAUCUGGAAGUGUGAUUCGUGAAAAGAGACAGUGUGGAUGUGCUCAGCCACAGCAGAGCCAGUGCUCAUGCCAACAAGUUCAACAGACCCAAUCUUGCUCGUGCCAAUCUGCUCCAGUCCAACAACAAGCCCCAUCCUGCUCUUGCGCUCAGCCACAACAAACCCAAACUGUUCAGGUUCAAGCUACUCAAUGCGCUCCAGCCUGCCAACAGAGCUGCACACAACAGUGCCAGUCCUCCCCAUCGGUGUCCCAAUGCCAACCACAAUGCCAACAACAAUGCCAAACCCAAUGCGCUCCAAUGUACAACCCACCAACCACCACUACCACCACCCAGGCUCCAGUUGUUCAGUACCAACAGUGCCAACCAGUGUGCCAGCAACAAUGUCAAUCCACCUGUGUCCAGCAACAACAGCCAGCCGCUCAAUGCCAACCACAAUGCCAGCAGCAAUGCAAUGUUGCCUGUGAUGCUCCAUCCACCACCACCCAAGCUCCACAAGUGAUCCAAAUCCAACUCGAGAUCCAACAAGCUCAAGCCCAAUGCCAGCCACAAUGCCAACAACAGUGCCAGUCAUCGUGUGUCCAACAACAACAACCAUCCAACCAAUGCGACUCUGCCUGUAACACACAAUGCUCCAACAUCUGCCAACAAACCGCCCAGGCCACCCAAGAAGUCGUCUACAAUACCAACCAAAACACCAACACCCAGAUGUAUGAUCCAUACAACAACCAAGGAUCCAACAACUGCGCUCCAGCUUGCCAGCCAGCCUGUGAUAACUCCUGCACUCAACAAGCUCAACCAAUGUACCAACCAUACGAAACCACCACUGGAGCUCCGGCCCAAGUCAUCGAGAUUGUCCUCCAAACCUCUGUUGCUCAAUCUGCCCAAUGUGCUCCACAAUGCGAACAGUCCUGCCAGCAGCAAUGUGUCCAACAACAACAGCCAGCUGCUCAAUGCCAGACUGCCUGCCAGUCUUCCUGCUCCAACUCCUGCCAAGCUGCUCAACCAGCCACCCAAGCCUGCCAACAGACCCAACAGAACUCGUGCUCCUGCCAAGCCAACUACUCUCCAUGCGGAAAUGGACAAUGCUGCCGCAGAAAGUAA